CCCUAAAAACAAGGAAUUACAACUUUGCAUUUUUCUUCCAAUUUGUAGAUCGAGUCCCUUGCUUAUACACUUUUUGGAUAGUCUCUCUAAUCUGUGUCAUAGACUCUUCAUAAUUUUUGCGGUCUCUACUCUCUAAUCUGUACAUUUCAAUUGUAACAUUUCACUCAAUUUCCAUAUUUUGUAUUUUACACACACAUUUACUCUCAAUAAAUAACCUAGCUAAUAAAAUAUAUAGUAUUUAGACUGGGUAGUUAACUCAUGCUGUUUUCAUCUUUAAUUUGUUUCUACAAUAACAAAAAGUUUAUAGGUAUUUAAGAAAACAUGGUGUUUUACUUCACUAGUAGUGUAGUUUCUCCACCAGUAACAUUAUUUAUGGGUGCCGACAAACAUGAAAAUGAAGAUCUAAUAAAAUGGGGAUGGCCUGAAGAUGUCUGGUUUCAUGUAGACAAGGUGUCUUCUGCUCAUGUAUAUUUACGACUAGCACCUGGUCAGACAAUAGAUGAUAUUCCAAAUUCCGUUCUUGAUGAUGCUUGUCAACUAGUAAAGGCUAAUUCUAUACUUGGAAAUAAAAUGAAUGACAUAGAUAUUGUAUACACUAUGUGGGCUAAUUUGAAGAAAACAGCUGGAAUGGAGGUGGGACAAGUAGCUUUUCACAAGGAUAAAGAUGUAAGAAAAGUCAGAGUAGCAAAAAGAAAUAAUGAAAUUGUUAAUAGAUUAAACAAAACUAAAGAACAGUUUCCUGAUUUGAGACAAGAACGAGAAACUAGAGAUAGAUUAGAAAGGGAAGAUAAAAAGAAAUUGUUAAGAGAAAAGAGAGAUAAGGAAAAAGAAGAAGAGAAACGAAAAAAGGAAGAGGCCGAAUUAAGAAGCUAUUCAACAUUAAUGAAAAGAGAAAAUAUGACAACAAACUAUGAUGGGAAUGAUUCUGAUGAAUUUAUGUAAAAGAAAAAAAUAAAGUAUUUAUAAAGUGUUA